AUGAACAUGCGAUUUUCGAAAUCAUUCCCUAUAUUCAUUCUCCUGUUAGAAUAUUUCCUGAUAUACACAAGAGGAAAAGUACACGAUUCAAAUACUUCCACUUCGAAUCGUUUGAACAAAUGGAAUUUUCGAAAGAGGGAUCUAAAGCGAAGAUUCCCUUUUACAUCCUAUCCCAAUGAUGAGAUAAAAACAUUUAAAAGAAAAAGAACACCUGAUAGGAAGAAAUUAUCUAAGAAAAAAGCAUACUGUUUUUUUACGAGUAUCAAAGGGGUUGAAAAAAUAAAGAGGGAAGAAAAAAAUCAUAAAAAUUUUUAUCGCAGCUUCCGUUGUAAAGAUUAUGAUGCAAAGGACAUUGUUAUUUUAGAAGGUCUAGAAGCGGUGAGGAAGAGACCAGGUAUGUAUAUCGGAAAUACAGAUGUGAAAGGGUUACAUCAAAUAUUAUUUGAAAUUAUUGACAAUUCAGUGGACGAAUAUAACAAUUUUGAGUGUAAUGAAAUUAAAAUUGUUAUACACCGCGACGAAAGUGUAACAAUAGAAGAUAACGGGAGAGGUAUACCAUGUGAUAUUCAUGAGAAAACUAAAAAGUCUGCCCUCGAAACGGUUUUGACUGUUUUGCACUCAGGUGCUAAGUUUCAUGAUGACGAAAUUUCUGAAGAGUUAUCGGGAAAGAAGGAUAUAGUGCCCGUAGAUGCAGUUGCAAGUGUAGGUGCAGAGGAGAAAAGCAAUGGCAGACGUGGAAUUCGCAAGGCUGGAAGAAGAGAAGAUGAAGAAAAAGAAAAAGUAGAUCAGAAGCAGGAUGGGAAGGAAAACCUUAAGGCAGGUUCAAAGGCAACAGAAAUGAGUGAAGAAAAAAGCGCCCAAAAGGAACAUUCACCAAUGUACAAAUUUUCGUCCGGGUUGCACGGAGUGGGGUUAUCUGUAGCCAAUGCCCUAAGCAGCUUCAUGAAUGUAAAAGUUUUCAGAGAUGGGAAAAUUUACAGCAUUGGAUUGGAAAAAGGAAAAGUCGUACAUCCGUUAACUGUUCAUAAUUACCAAGUAUAUAAGAGAGGAACACAAAUACAUUACAAACCGGAUAACACCAUUUUUAAAAAUACGAUCAAGCAUAACGCAGAGUUUAUAAAAAAUAGGAUACAUCAACUGGCAUAUCUAAAUGAUAGACUCGUUUUUUACUUUUGUGAUGAAAGGGUUGCAAACAGAACGUCGUAUAUAAAUUUGUCAAAAGGAAGUAAUAAGAGCGAUAGAGAUGACAAAAAAGAAAAAAUAAUGGCUGAAAAUUCUAUUAGUUCCGAGGAGAAGGAUCCAAAAUUCAAUAAACAGUAUACUGAUGAGAGAAUAGUUGAUGGAGUUAAAAAAUUAGGGGAAGAUCAAAUUAGUCACUACAAAGAUUUAUACCUAUAUAACUACGAAGUAAUAAAACAUGAAGGGGGGUUAAAUGAAUAUAUAGAUGACUUAACAAAAAAUAAAAUGAAUUUAUUCAAAGACAGUAAUAAAACCAUUAGCAUAUGCUGUCACAAUAAAAAUGUAUACAUCGAUUUAAGAAUGAAAUGGAUGCAAAACCAGUAUCAUGAAAAUAUUAUAAGUUUUGUGAAUAAUGUAUAUACAAGUGAUGGAGGAACACAUGUGGAUGCAUUAAAACAUGCAAUUAGCAGAUGUGUAAAUUUUAAUAUAAAAAAAAAUGAAACAACAAAAAAUUAUCUCAAUGUACCAGGAGAAUAUAUAAGGGAGGGAUUGACAGCCAUUUUAUCUGUCAGAAUGAACAACCCAGAAUUUGAAGGACAAACAAAAACGAAAUUAGGUUCUCAUCAUUUAAAACCAAUAUUAGAAAGUAUCGUUUUUGAGAAAUUAUCAGAAAUUUUUGAUUUCGAACCUAAUUUAUUAAACACACUUUAUUUGAAAGCAUUACAAGCAAAAGCAAGUGAUGAAGAAGCAAAAGCUGCCAGAGAUUUAAUAAGAUCAAAAAAUAAUCAGUAUUACUCUACCAUAUUGCCGGGAAAACUAGUUGAUUGCAUAAGUAAUGACACAAGUAGAAAUGAAAUUUUUAUUGUAGAAGGAGACAGUGCUGCUGGAAGUGCAAAGCAGGCUAGAAAUAGAGAAAUCCAAGCAAUACUCCCCCUUAAAGGGAAAAUUCUGAAUGUAGAAAAAAUUAAAAAUAAUAAAAGAAUUUUUGAAAACUCAGAAUUGAAAUCUUUAAUAACAGCUAUCGGUCUGAGUGUUAAUUGUGAUAAUACUAAAAUUACAAAAGGGAAUAAUAUUUUGAAUAAAAAAAAAAAGGAUAUUAAAAAAAAAUAUGAUUUAAAAAAUAUGAAAAAUGAUAAUACACAAGUUAACAAUUCCAUGAUGAAUAAGAAAAAAAAUUCGAUUUUUGACACACCCAUAAGAUAUGGAAAAAUAAUUAUUAUGACAGAUGCUGAUGUUGAUGGAGAGCAUAUACGUAUUUUACUUCUAACCUUUUUGUAUAAAUUUCAAAAAGAUAUUAUAGAAAAUGGAAAUGUGUAUGUUGCUUGUCCACCAUUAUAUAAAAUUACGUACAAUCGUUUUUUUGAUAAUUCAAUAAAGGAAAUCGUAACUAAACAAUUUAAUGUUACCACAAAAAAUUCCAAGUUCCUUAUCCAUACAUAUUCAGAUGAUGAAUUAAACGAAUUGUUGCGAUUAUUAGACCAGGAUAGAGCUUAUCACACUGAACAGAAAAAUAUAGAAUCUCAAAAAGCACCAUCUACCGAUGAAGUAAAGAGUAAAAUUAAUGACAAUGAAAAUUAUUUAUCCAUUUUAGAAAAUGCAGAAUUAGACCAACAAAAUAAAGAUAACGAAAUUUCCGAGAUAAAUCAAAAAAUACUUCAAACGGGUAAUGAAACUCAAAGUAGUUCGCUUAUCAGUAAUAAUACACUUUUUACGUUCUCCAAAAAAUAUGAAAUACAACGAUUUAAAGGCCUUGGAGAAAUGAUGGCUGACCAGUUAUGGAACACUACAAUGGAUCCAAGUGUGCGAAAAUUAAUUAGGGUUACUGUUAACGAUGCUAUACGGGCGAAUAAUUUGAUUUAUUCCCUAAUGGGGGAGGAUUCAAAAUUGCGAAAAAAUUUUAUUCUGGAAAAUUCUCCUUCAUCACAUGAUUGA